UGUUUUAUUAUUGAUAGAUCCUAUAUCUAUCUAUCUUCAUAUAUUAUAACGUAUAUAUUAUUUACGAAACAUUCAUUAUUCCUUCUUGAAUAGCCGUGCGUGUUACUUUGUAUAAAAUUAUUCAUCAAGUGACAAAUAUUGCUUUUAAUAGUAGUUCUACCCUACCGAGGCGGGGUACCGGGCGGGCAUGGGGCUGGCGGAGGCGGGCCGGGAGUCCCCGCGCACCACGCCCGAGCGGCUCGCUGACCAGUCGCCCGGGUCGGGGCCACCACCAGGCUCGGUGGACAGCGACGAGGCGGACGAGUUCGCGCCGAAGCGCAAGCAGCGGCGCUACCGGACCACCUUCACCAGCUUCCAGCUCGAGGAGCUGGAGAAGGCCUUCUCCAGGACGCACUACCCCGAUGUGUUCACCAGGGAGGAGCUUGCAAUGAAAAUUGGGCUAACGGAAGCAAGAAUACAGGUGUGGUUCCAGAACCGUCGCGCGAAGUGGCGCAAGCAGGAGAAGGUGGGUCCGACGGGGCACCCGUACAACCCGUACCUCGGGGGGACGCCGCCGGCCGCCGUGGCCUCCAUGCCCAACCCCUUCACGCAGCUCGGCUUCGGCUUCCGCAAGCCUUUCGAUGCUAACGCCUUGGCGUCUUUUAGAUACGGCGGCAUGCCGGUGCUGGGCGCGCAGUACCUGGGCGCGCCGCUCCCGCGGCCGCCGCACUUCGGGGCACCGCUCUACUCCUCCCCGCCGCCCUUCCACUCGCUGCUGGCGGGCCUGGCCCCCCCGCGCCGCUCCCCCGACCCGCCCCCCGUCUCGCCCCCGAUCUCGCCCGGCAGCGAGUCCCCGCCAGCCCCCGCGCAGCCCACAGGACAAGAAGUGGAGCGAAGGAGCUCCAGUAUCGCCGCCCUAAGAAUGGCUGCGAGGGAACAUGAGCUGAGACUCGAGAUGCUCCGGCAGAGGCACCAUACGGACCUCAUUAGCUGAACUCUGGUGCGUGAAAGAGAUAGAUGCUAUAUUAGUGCGGAAAGGUGAAGCUGAUGUUACAAAGUGUAGAAUAGUUUCGGUUUACAACUGUUGGCGAAAUGUGUAUGUUCCUUUAUGUAUGUCCGUAAAUGCCGCUGUGUAAGUUAUUCAAAAUGUAUUAUAGUAAGAGUUAAUGUAAAAGUAAUGCAAUCCGUCCAGUUAUAGAAGUAAUUGUUAUUUAUUAUAGCAUUAAUUAAGAGGUCUAAUUAAAGUGUCCUUAUUUAUAAGAUUUAUAAUGUCGGUGAUAAAAAAUAUUAUUUUUAUUCCAAUUAGAGAUAUUACUGCAAUUCUAUUAUAAUGUUUGACAAUAAAUGACCAUAUAUACCGAGACCUAGAGGUAUACACUAGCUAGCUGUUGCAUUGUUCAAAUAUAUUAUACAUAAUAUCAUUAGAAACAUUUAAUUUUUAAAUAGAUUUUUUAAACAGAUGAUGCACCAAAGAACAUUUAAAAUACUGAACAUUCGAAAAAUUACACCCGUAGUAGAAAUAUCCAUCGAAAACAAUGUACUUAAUUCUUAGUUUGAACAGUUUAAUAGAUCAAAGGAUAAAUAAAUAUUUAUUACAUAUUUA